UAUCCGUUAGAAUAGACCACAGCAAGCACCGUUGAAAAAAGCUCGGAAUCAGCAUGGAUAGCGUUAAACUGGACCUCUCAAAUAUGCUAGAUCCUCAUAACAUCAGUAAUACGUAAAGGUCUGUCUUCCUAUCUAUAUCACUUGCAGAUACCUCGUUUUCUUUUGAAUUCGUCGUGCCCAGAUCUUAUAAACGCGAUGGCAGAUGCGGAGUUGCAAACCUUCACAUCCAUUAUGGACACUCUCGUGCGCAUAAGCUCCAAUAUGAAGAGUAUAGAGAGAGAAUUGCAUUGCCCAGUGUGCGAGGGGAUGGUGAAGCAGCCAAUUGUGUUGCCAUGUCUACACAGUGUGUGCGUGCUGUGUGCAGCAGAGGUUUUGGUUCAGAGGGGCUACCCUCAACCUGAGCUCCCCCCAGAGCCCAACACUCCGACCUCCAGUCCCAACAUGCGCUCUCCCCGACAGACACGUAGACCUCCGCCCAAAACAGAUCGCCUGGACCGAGUGAUCAGAACAGUAUGUGGGACACAUCCAGGACGCAGACGUAAAGACACCCCUCCUGUGAUCAUGCAGUUCCCCUGUCCCACCUGCGGAAAGGAUGUGGAGCUGGGAGAGAGAGGGCUUGCAGACUGUCUCAGAAACCUCACACUGGAGCGCAUCGUUGAGAGGUACAGGCAGACUGUGAGUCUUGGCAGCAUGGCAGUUAUGUGCCAGUUCUGCAAGCCUCCUCAGGCUCUGGAGGCCACCAAAGGUUGCGCUGACUGCAGGUCCAACUUCUGUAAUGAGUGCUUUAAACUGUACCACCCCUGGGGAACACCACGAGCCCAACACGAACAUAUCCUCCCUACACACAGCUUCAGACCCAAGGUAUUAGUGUGUGUGGAACAUGAGCAUGAGAAGUUGCAGUUUUACUGUAGAUCAUGCCAGCAACUGUUGUGCCCACUUUGUAAGCUGCGCCGUUCCCAUAGUGGCCACAAGAUCAUGCCCAUUGCAUUGGCCUACCAAACUCUAAAGGAGAAAAUCACCAAAGAGAUGAACUACAUCUUGGCCAAUCAGGAUGCUGUACAGGCACAGAUCACCCAAGUAGAGAGUGGCAUUGCUCAGACUGAGGUGAACAGCGCAGUGGCUAAGGAGCAGUUGAAUCAGUGUGUGAGUGAAUUGCGUGGGGUGCUGGCAGAGCGUCAGGGGGCAUUGGCCAUGUCGCUGGAGGGGGCUCGAGCACAGCGGGCAGGGGUUCUGAAUGCUCAGCUCUCAGAAAAACAGAGUCUUAUGGAAAAUGCUGGACUACUCACAUACACUCAGGAGUUGCUUAAAGAAACUGACCAACCCUGCUUUGUGCAGGCUGCCAGAGUCACACACAACAGACUGGUGAAAGCAAUAGAACAUAUUCAGCAUUUCUCUCUGUAUGCUGAUCCUUCGUUCCGACACUUUCAGCUGGACGCCUCCAGAGAGCUGAAAGUGUUUAGCAGCAUGAACUUUAUACAAGCCCCAUUGGCUCCUGUGAUUGACACUCAAAAGACACUGGCCUAUGACCAGCUUUAUUUGUGCUGGCGCCUUCCACAGGACUCUGCCCCGGCCUGGCACUACUCAGUAGAGUAUCAGAGAAAAGUGGGUGGAGCUGGGGCAUUAUGGGGCAGAGUCCGGUCUGAGGGAGGCCCAGGAUCUAAUGGCACACACUGUCCAUGGCAGCGUCUGGAUGAUGUGGGUGGGACUAGUGCAGUGAUUGACAAGCUAGAAAUGGACAGUGUGUAUGUCCUGAGAGUUAGAGGCUGUAAUAAGGCAGGCUUUGGAGAGUACAGUGAGGAGGUAUAUCUACACACACCACCUGCACCAGUGUUGUCAUUCUGCCUGGAUUCUCGCUGGGGCCUGCAUGCCGAGCGGGUGGCUCUGGGCAAAGGACAGACGUAUGCCCGGAGUGUACCUGGACUGACUCUUUUACAGGCUGCUGAUCGGGCCCUUACCUCAUGUCACCUCACCUCUGACCUCCUUGUUGCUGAUGUUUCCAUCACACAGGGACGUCAUUACUGGGCAUGCUCAGUUGAGCCUGGAUCCUACCUGGUCAAGGUAGGAGUGGGUUUAGAAGCAAAACUGCAGGAGUGGUUCCAUCUUCCGCAAGACAUGGCAAGUCCACGGUAUGAUCCAGACAGUGGUCAUGACAGUGGGGCUGAAGAUGCUCAGGACUGUCCUCCUCCAUUCUGUUUCCUCACAAUGGGCAUGGGAAAGAUCUUACUGCCCAAGUGUGGGGCAUCUAACUCUUCUACUGGCCCCCUCACUGCUCCUCUGCCACCUCGCCUAGGACUGUGUCUGGAUUUUGAGAAGGGGCGGCUCACUUUCUAUGAUGCACACUCUCUGAGAGUGCUGUGGGAGGGAACUGUUGAUUGCUCCGCCCCCGUUUGCCCAGCCUUCUGUUUCAUUGGCGGAGGGGCUCUGCAGCUGCAGGAGCUAAUAGCCAAUCGCACUGUGGAGCAAAAUCCCCCGAGACGAGUAACCAUCCAAACACGUCCCACUGAUCUCACUCACUGAAACAAACUAUGAAAGCAGUCUACUCAGCACCUUUAAGCUAAUUUUAUUUGAUCAUUUUCUAUUGAUGUUGUUUGUUUACCUGCUUAUUUCAUAGCUACUGAUGCAUUGAUACUUUAUAUUAAGAUUCACUUAAUAUCAAAGGAAAAUAUAUCUUUUGUGGUUAUGGAUGCUAACAACAUGUAGGUCAGUAUUAAAUAAUGAGGAAUCAUUUGUUUUUAUUUUGACUGAAGACAAAACAAUGAAAAUGUAAAUCAGGUUUACUUAUAUUCAUGAUGCAGGAUGAUAAAAGUUUAGUCUUAAACAAUUCAUUUUCAAAGUUUUUAUUAAAGCAAAUAGGGCUGUCAAUUUAACGCAUUAAUACAGUGAGAUUAAUUCAAAUAAAAAUAAUAAUAAAUAAACAUGUUAAAACAUUGUUCAAACUACAUUUUACUUGACACAGCAAUCUUAAAAUGCUGCAUUUGUGAUGUGACACAUCCAAAGUAAGACGCAACAAAAGUGUCCGUCUGAUGCCUGUAUACAUUUAUAUAUAUCUUCUUAAAAAGACCUUAUAAUAAAUAUAAGACAGAUUGAAGAAUUAAAUUGCAAAAUAGAUUGCUUUGAACUUUAAGCCAAUGAUAACCUUAUGAGAAAAUAAUAUUUAAAUAAACAAUAUAUUGCCUUCUAAAGACACUUUUUGUUUUGUAUUAUUUUUAAUGCUUUA